GUGCGAAACGUGGAAAGCGAAGCUGCAUCGUUUCUGGAUCAGAUGAGCAGAUAUUUCACUAGUCGAGCUAAAUUACUCACGAAGGUGGGGGAAUUUGCAGUAUUGAUAAGUUCCUUAUAUUCUUCGCAUUUUGGUUCUAGUAUUUAUUUUAUAACUGUUUACGCUUGGUUUCAUAGCUAUGAUUCAAUGAUCCAGUCUUUUCUAGGACUUUUUGUUAUUGCUUUCGCAAAUCAUUUGUAUAUUGUUCAGGUUGCGAAAUAUCCACACGUGGACGACUACAGAAGAGCUAUUCUUGAUAUGGAUGAGAAACAGUUCAUAAACGUCAGAUUGGUCGUGCUGGAGAUGCGAAAUCAUUUCUCUACGCUCUAUGAUAUCAUAACGAAAAAUAUUGAAAAAAUCAAAAAGCCUCGAAAUAGCAAUAUGGAUAUGCUGUAUUGA